AAAACCUCAGCAAAAGUAGCAAAGGACCUCGAACUCCGACAUGACUCCGAUAUAAAGGCGAUCUUUCCGGAUUCCAUAGCUCCAGGUAUCUUAUCUGAUCCAGGCGCAGAUGUCUCCUUAAGGGCCUUAUCACAGCCUCCUCAAUUUGCAUCAUUUCAACCUAAUGAUAUGCCUGGGUAUUUAUGCCCCAAAAGUGCUGGCAAAGGUAUCACAAUCUAUAUUAUUGGUCCUGGAACAGACCCACAUCACGAAGAAUACACCCAGUCACCUGGCUCCAAGCGAUGGUUAUACCUUUCUGAAAAUGAUAAAUCAGAGUCAGACGGCGAUCGUCGUCUAGGCCAUGGUACCUGCGUGCAGUCCCUCGUCAACGGGCCCCGUUUUGGUGCUGCUAAGGCCGCCGAUAUUGUUAUUGUUAAAUUACCUUUCCCAGCCAACUACAUCACCAUAUCAUCAGCUUUUAAACUCGUUGCGGAGGAUAUUGAAGCGAGGAAUUUACGAGGAAAGGCCGUCAUUACAAUGUCUGAGGGCUAUCCUGGCAUCGACAUCUACAAGAGUAAAUCAUCUGGCACUCAAGUAAUUAAGCAAGGGUUAUUUGGAAAGGUUAAAGAAUUGAGAGACUACAUACUACGCCUGAUAUCUCUCGACGUCCCCCUAGUAGUUUCUUCAGGAAACAACCGCCAAGUGUAUAAGCAUAUUGACUCAUUUCCUGCGGCACUUGGGGAGGUAAUAGACGUUAUUACUGUUGGUGCUAUGGAGCCUAAUGGCGCCCGGACACAGUACUCACAAGGCGAGAUUAACGAGGUCACGGUACUAGCAGUGGGUCAAGUUGAAUGCGCAAAGAAAGACAGUACAUCGCAGACUAGACAGAUUUAUGGUACUUCCUUUGCUGCACCGAGGGUGGCUGGGAUGAUUGCUACCUGGCUAGGCAGUGAGGAAUAUCGUGAACGACUUCACGUGAAAGGGAAGGUCGUGGCAAAUGUUAAGAACCUAUUAAAAGAGCUCGCAUACAUCAAGAUGCCUGCUUCAAAGCCUGAUGGCGGCUUCCUAGUGGCCUAUAACGGGUUUGGCAAGUUUACUUGUAGGGGAUACUCUGAUCCUAAGCAAGCUCAGGGCAGGAAGUUAUGCUAA